AAAAGAGAAAAUCUGUGAGCGUGCAUGUUUAGCAGAAAGAAGAAGCUAACGCGGAUGGUCUUAAACCACCAUUUAACAAGGAAGAACCGUAUCCAAAAACCGUCGCUGCUGUGAUUGUGUGUUCUCAUGGAGCACACCAACGGGUUAUGAUGUCGUUACUGGCAGCUAAAUUUGUGGACAAGAUAACGCUUCUGUCAGAAUUCGAGGCUUGACGGCAACAGGCGUUGCACUGGGGUUUUGCUGCAGGCCACCGUGUGGUUGUCUAUGGGGUUUUAAGGUGAUGCAAAGAUGCUGCUGUCCCUGGGCAUGCUGAUGCUGUCAGCCACUCAGAUCUACACCAUCUUCACCGUUCAGCUCUUUGCGUUCCUCAACCUGCUGCCUGUGGAGGCUGAUAUUGCUGCUUACUCAUUUGACAACAGAACAGAGAACUUUGAUGACCGCUCUGCACGGUUUGGCUAUCGGCUUCCUAGUGAUGGAUUGAAGGGCUUCCUGAUUGGUGCAAGACCAGAGAAUGGGUGUGAGCCCAUCGAACCCCCUCCAAAGGACAACUUGACAGGUUCCUUCAUUGUCCUCAUCAAGCGCCUCGACUGUAACUUUGAUGUCAAGGUCCUCAAUGCCCAGAAAGCUGGGUUCAAAGCAGCCAUUGUUCACAAUGUGGACUCUGAUGACUUAAUCAGCAUGGGAUCCAAUGAUUUGGAUAUUAUCAAGCAGAUAGUCAUUCCAUCUGUAUUUGUGAGUGAGUUAACUGCCAACUCUUUGAAAGAAGACUACAUGUAUGACAAGGGUGGACAUGUGGUCCUCAUGCCAGAUUUCAAUCUGUCACUGGAGUACUACUUGAUACCCUUUCUUGUCCUCGUGGGAAUCUGUCUCAUCCUCAUAGUUGUUUUCAUGAUCACCAAGUUUGUCCAGGAUCGAAACAGAGCUCAAAGGAGUCGCCUGCGCAAAGACCAGCUGAAGAAACUUCCCAUCCACAAGUACAAGAAAGGGGACAGUUAUGAUGUGUGCGCCAUCUGUCUGGAUGAGUAUGAAGAAGGAGAAAAGCUCAGAGUCCUGCCGUGUUCUCAUGCUUACCACAGCAAGUGUGUGGACCCCUGGCUGACCAAAACCAAGAAGACCUGUCCAGUGUGUAAGCAGAAGGUGGUUCCGUCACAGGGCGACUCAGACACAGAGUCAGAGGAAGGAGACAGCGGGCCAGAGAAUGAGGAGGCAUCAGAGAACACCCCGCUACUACGCUCUUUGGCCUCCACCAGUGCUCACUCCUUCGGCACCAUGUCCCAUUCGGAGCAGGAACAGGAGUCCUCGGAGUACGAAGAUGAGGAGUUGGACAGUAGCGAGAGCGAGGAGGAGGUUACUGUGGAGACCGCAGUGGUCCAGAUGCAGACUUCUUGUGAGGACAACUUGGCCCGUGCUUGACUGUCACUAAACCCCGCCUUUGACACCCUAAUUAGAGACGGACCCCCCCCACCCAAAAAAACAAAACAAA